AUGCUUGUGUUGCCAGCAGGCGGGACAUCCUCCCACCAUGUAGUACCUGUUGCUCUCAUCUGCUAUUGGCUGUUAUUAUUUUUCCAUGUCGCCUUUGGUGAAAAACCUGCAAAGCUUCCACUGAUUAGUCAGAAGCCCUUCAUUGCUGCCUGGAAUGCCCCUCUAGACAUGUGCACCAUCAAGUACAACAUCACAACUAAUCUUGAUCAUCUUUUUCACAUCCAAGGAAGUCCGCGUGCUGACUGGACAGGCCAGAAUGUGACUAUUUUUUAUGCAAACCGGCUGGGCUACUACCCUCACUACACCUCUCAAGGCAUUGCCAUCCAUGGUGGCCUCCCUCAGAACUGCAGCCUGGACCUACACCUGCUCAAGGCCUACCAGGACAUCAUUCACUUCAUACCUGAAGAGGACUUCCGUGGCCUAGCUGUCAUUGACUGGGAGUUCUGGCGACCUCAGUGGGACCGUAACUGGCACAAGAAAGACAUCUACAGACAUAAGUCUAAAGAACUCACUAUGAAGGUGUAUGUUAAUGUGACGGCAGCUCAGGUGGAAGCACUGGCACAGCGGUGCUUUGAAAAAAGUGCCAAAGCAUUUAUGCAGCGAACUAUCCAGUUAGGAACACACCUUCGACCCAGCGCACUUUGGGGUUUUUACCUCUACCCUGACUGUCACAACUACAAUCUCCAUGAGAAGAAUUACACUGGCCUCUGCCCUCUUCUGGAGAGGCUGAGAAACAAUGAGCUGCUGUGGCUAUGGAACAGCAGUACAGCACUGUUUCCUUCUGUGGCCAUUAGGAAAAGUCAUACCAACAGCAUCAGUAACCUGCACUUCACUCAGCACAGGAUCCGGGAGUCGCUACGCAUUGCCUCACUAACCUCCAAGAAAUAUGACCUUCCUACCUACGUGUACCUCAGGCUAGGCUACAGAGAUGAAGCCCUGGCCUUCCUUACCACAAAAGACUUGGUCCAGACUAUUGGGGAGAGUGCUGCUCUAGGAGCUGCAGGCUUUGUUAUCUGGGGGGACCUAAACCUGACUUCCUCCAGGCACAACUGCACUUUGGUGAAAUCCUUCCUAAACCACCGCUUUGGUGAAUACAUCACCAACGUGACCCAGGCUGCUGAAGUCUGCAGUGACUUUCUGUGUCAGGGCAAUGGUCGCUGUGUUCGACGUGAUCCCCACGCCCACCAUUACCUCCACCUGAGUGCUGACAGUUACCAGAUCCAUCCCUCGGGAGAUGGGGGCUUCACUGUGAACGGGUGGCCCUCGCAGCUUGAUCUACAGCUGCUGACUGAAAGAUUUCGCUGCCACUGCUACGAAGGUCAUGAAGGAGACAGCUGCGACAGCCUAAACAAAGUGAAGGAGGAUGAUGAUCCACGAAGAAAGAAGGAGGAAGAUGAACAAAAAAAGAGAAGGGCAGAGUGGGAGGAUGAGCAGGGUGAACAGUGGGAGAGCAGGGACAGUAAAGCCCUGAUGACCAGUUGCAGCCAUCAACUGGUGAUCUUAAUGCUUCUGUUGAACUUACUGCUCAGAAAGCAGGUUGAAUAAAUAACGUGCCGCCUU